AGAAAAAUGUCUAUGCAGAAAUGCAGAAAUCUUUUCGUUAUUUAAUUAAAUUUGCUGAUAUUUUAGUAACACUCAUUUGAAAGAAUAUGGUUACGUUACCUGUAUGCAAUGUUUUUCUUUUGUUCUCCCACAAAGUGAGAUAAAGCGCAAUUAUUAGCCAGACGAUAAGAUUUAUGUGACAGUUAUCAAGCGUUAAAAUAAUAUUGUAUAGCCUCCCUUUGAUCUCAAGUUUUCAUUCGUAAAACAUUAACAUCACUUUGCUCAAAGCGAUAAAUUUUAGUAUAUACAAUAUCUCAAUCAAAAACUAUGGAAUGCUUCAGAAAAGUUUUGUUUUUACUUGUAUUUAUUCUUAAUACAUUCCAGACUUUCAGCAAAACUGUUUCAAAAGCUGAAAAUCGGGGAGACAGUGAUACGAAUUAUGAUCUUGUAGGAAAUUUAAAGAAAGUUUCAGACGUAAUGCAGAAGUCUGCAGACAUAAAAGCAAAAGCUGGCCACGAAUUAAGUUUUGCCGACUUAAAUAUACUUAAUCUAGUUCAUAAUGAUGCAAUAAAUUUUAUAAUACAUAAUUAUACUUCAUUUGGAAGUUCUUCAAGUUCAUGUUAUCGUGAUGUAUUGUAUACUUUACAAAAUCUUGGCAAUAUGAAAGAGCAAUGGGCUAUGCAUAUGAUUGACGCUAUUGGGAAACCAGAAAGUGGCUUUCUACUAGGUAAUACGAGAUUUAUUGGUGAUUAUAAUGAAUGUCUGAAUGUUUACGCUCCUCCUCAAGAGAAUACAACGGCAGGGAAUUUUCAUGGGAAAUACUGUUUUCUUGAAGUGCCAUUUCUUAAGCUGGGAAACUUUUCAUUGACAAGCACGUUUGGUGUGUGCAUUCCAGAUACAUGCAGCUCGACACUGCUGAUGAAUGAUUUCAAGAAUGUCUUAGAAAUACCAAAACUUGUGUCGGCUACGAAUAAAUUUGACGGUAUUUUGAACGGUACAAAAUUGACUUGCAACCCAGUUUCAAAGAAGCUGAAUCCUUCUGCCAUAAUUGUCAUAUGUCUCAUGUCUCUUUUUGGCUUUCUAACGCUAUUGGGAAGCUCUGUAACUGCAUAUGAAUAUUUUUAUACUAAUCAGUUGCCAUCAAAAAAUGUAGUAUCUGAAGCGGGUGAUGGGGAAAAAGUUACUGAAAGUAACGGAGUUAGUGUAAAUGCUGUGGAAGACGAUAAUGACGAAGAACUUCUAUUUUCUAAGCCAAAAGAAGGAAUCCUUGAAAAAUGUAAGCCAUUUCUUAAAUGCUUUUGUAUAUUUACCAAUGGAUCUAAAUUGUUAAAUACCGAUGGAACUGAAGGACAACUGCUUUGUAUUCAUGGGAUAAGGUUUCUGAGCAUGACUUGGGUUAUUCUUGGCCAUACUUAUUUAUUUGGCGUUAGUGUAAUAAGAAGUCCUUUGGGUCUUCUGAAUGUAAUUGAUAACUGGCCUUUUCAAAUUGUACUUCAAGGAUUUUAUUCAGUUGAUUCCUUUUUCGUAAUAAGUGGGUUCCUUUUAACUUACCUUUUCUUUCAAGAAUAUAGCAAGAAGGGAGGCAAGAUAUCUUGGGCGUAUUUUUACAUCCAUCGCUAUUUAAGGCUUACACCUGUAUACAUGCUAAUUCUUGCGUUUUCAGCCACUGUUUAUUUUUACUUGGGAUCGGGUCCCUUCUGGCCUAAUUCUACUAUAGAUACGAAUUGCAAAAAAUACUGGUGGAUGAACUUACUGUAUAUAAACAAUUUUCAGGAUCAACAGGAUAUGUGUAUGGGAUGGAGCUGGUAUUUGGCAAAUGACAUGCAGUUCUUCGUUAUCAGUCCUUUAUUUUUGAUUUCCUUGUGGAGGUGGCCCAAAAUUGGUUAUUCGCUUCUUGGACUCUUUUUGUGUGGCACGUUUUUCGCUAAUUUCUUCAUCACGUAUGAAUUUGACGUAGUUUGUGGGAUGAGCUACCUUACUUCUAUGAAAAUAAAUGAAGCAGCCAAAUUCAUUGACUUCUUUAAUAAAAUUUACAUCAAACCAUACACUAGGAUUGGUCCAUAUUUAGUUGGAAUGUUUGUGGGAUAUUUCCUAUUAAAAACAAAACAAAGCAACAGAGGUAAAGAUAGCUGGAUAACGUUAGGCUGUGGAUGGAUCAUUGCCUCGUCUGUUACACUAACCUGUGUUUAUGGUUUAUAUCACAAAGACCCUUCUGUAUUAGCCUGUAGUUUCUACAAUGCUUUAAACCGCACGUGUUUCGGUGCUGGACUUGGCUGGGUUAUUUAUGUUUGUCUUACAAAGCAAGCAGGCAUUGUGGAUAGCAUUCUGUCAUACAAACUUUUCAUACCAUUGAGUAGACUAACUUACUGUGCUUACCUUAUCCAUCCCAUGAUUAUCACAGGAUAUUUUAGCUCAGUCAAAAGUCUUCUGGAAGUCAGUCAUCCAAUUUUGGUAUUAUAUUUCCUGGGAUUUCUAGUCGUAACUUACGGACUGUCCUUACCCGUUUCUUUGAUAUUUGAAUCUCCAGUUAUUGGAUUAGAAAAGCUAAUACGAAAUAAGUUUCAAAAUAGAAAACUUUAAGCGAUAAACAAAGUAAAUGGUUAUAUGUAAUUUACACAAUAAAGUAUUAUUUAUAGUUUUACUUAAAUUAUUCAAUAAAAAAUUUUACUUUUUUUACUUUUUUAAAAAGUGUAAGUUGUUGUUUUUACUCAGCAUUAGUCUUUGAUUUAUAGAGCAAUUUGUAUAUAAUUAGUAAGUUUACCGUAUCUGAAACUUACUGGAUGUCAAUCUCAAUUAAAUAAAAUUUUAUUGUUCUUCUA